CUGUCCCAGACACGCCCUUUGUGCAGACGCAUACAGACACACCCACACUUCACAGCCACAACAUGAGGCUGAUAGCGACGUCCCUGCUGGUGGCGGUCGUUUCGUCCGCCGCUGUUCCACGGCUACCCCCGCUUUCGGGCCAGCUGUCACAGGAAGUAGGAGAGCAGACCAAGCAUGCGCUGCGGACGCUGAAACUCGUCAAGGCACAGCUCGGCAAUGCUAAGCUGCAAUUGCAAAACCAAGCGUCCCUCGACACUGCCCGCCUGAUCAGCGCCGCUGAGAGCGAGGCUGUGCGUCUACUGCUGCGGUACGGUCGGACCGACGCCGUGUCGACGGUCCACCAGGCGGCCCAGGCGCUGCACGCGCUGGCCGAUGGCGCCACGGACGUCGAGUCCGGCCUGCAGUCGGCGCUCACUGAGAUCCUGAUGGUGAUGCACCAGCUGGGCGCCAAGCUGGACACUGAGGGCCUUCUCGAGGAGACCACACCCAAGUCUCAGAUCGAUAUACUUCUGGAGGAGCUGCAGGGUCUGGUGGAUAAGUACCUGCUCAUCAUCGCGCCCUUCAUCGGUCUCACCGAGAAGCAGGCGCUCCAGUUCAGACGCGAGUUCGACAAGUUUGUCGCCGAUGUCGAGGCUCUGGAGCACGGACAGGUGCCGAUCGCCGACGGACUGGCCGCCAUGAUUACCGAUGUCCUCGAGAUGCUCCGGAUCCUGGGAAUCGACUGGAUCGCUCCCACCAGUGAGACGCCGACCGAGUUGGACGCUCUGCUGGCGGAGCUGGACUCGGCGCUGACGGCCGUGCUGGACAUCCUCGGCCCGGUGCUGGGCUUCAGCCGCGAGAAGACCGAGGCCAUCGAGGCCGACAUCGACCAGCUGAUCGCCGACAUCGAGGACAUCGAGCACGGCCGCGUCGACGUCGACACCGGUCUGGAGAUCGUGCUGCAGGACAUCCUCGACAUGCUGCACGACUUCGGCUUCAGUGCGCAGCCGAUGACUGACGAUAAGCUGUCUAUGGAUUCCGUGCUGGAAGGACUGCAGGCCAUGAAGGUGAUGCACCGCUAAGCGCAUUGAUAUCAGAUUCUACGACGGUACAUGCAAUAUAUUCCUAAUAAGAACAGGUGUUGACAAAACAUAUGUAAUCCUAUGCUUUUUCUCAAAGAAUACAAGUGACCUAUGAAAA